AUGGCAACCGCCGUACUGGCCGCUCUCAACAUUCAGGGUUACUUCGUUGGAGCAGGGUACCUUGGGAAGGUCGAUUCACUCUCACAGUCCUUCUACAGCCUUCUGUUACAAGUGACAGCAAAGUUGUUUUGGUUUACGGACUGGUCCGGGGGCGGAGCGACCUUUCACAUAAUCGGAGAUAACAGCACCAUCUGGCCUGACGAGCUUCGAAAUGGUGAGCUAUGUGGGCGUGCGCAAUCUCAAGACGGUCCGCUGGCGUUGGUGGGGCUCAUCAACGACACAUGCGCAACGAGCAGUACCGCAGCCAUCACUCAAGCACUUCAAGGAUGGACAUUCGGAGAUGCUUAUUUCCCAAUCGAGGUUUCCGAUGGCCUUGUCCGUAGGAAAAUCACCAUCAACCUGAACGGGACGGACAGGCCCGAUACUUGGGCCAUCACGCCCCAGCUGGCUCCUUGCGUCGUUUCGCGGGUUCUCUCAGUUGACUGGCGGUUCAAAGCCAUCUUCUCACGCAUGACAGAUUCUAUCUUCAGUGGCUACGCCAAGUAUCGAUAUCGCAAAAGAGACGCAACAGUGGCGGUCAUGAAGAGCCAAAUUCCUGUCGUCCGGGUUAGUUGCAGCAUGUCGGAUUCCGUCGAACCGUUGGACCCGAUACCACUGUAUCGUAAUCAGCCUCUUAUUGGUCGUCCUUCGACGGACGCUGUGAUAGUUGCGCCAUCCCCUGCUAUAAAUUUCAAGCUGUACUCAAACAUAUCUAGCAUCGCCACGAGAUGGGCCGAAGUGUCUUUCAAUGAAAGCAUGAUUGCAAUAUCGGAUGACGGUGGUGGAAACAGAUUGUCAAGUGCAUAUCUCAACGUACAGCUUCCCAAGACUGAGACCACAUCAGAGCAGUUGGCGGCCUGUUCAGUGGACGCGAGAUGGAUCGAAGGGAAUAUCAUGGGUUCAGAAAUGGCAGAAUGGCUUGGCUCCGAAUAUUACAAUGCUUCCGUCUCAGCACAUGGCUUAGUGUGGCCGGAAAAUGCUUACGAAUUCCCUGCAAACAACUACACGCACUGGAGGGAUGUCCGACUGGGGCCAGAGUGGCUGGAUGCUCUUAUGCCGAUCUUGGACAACACCCGCGAAGGCUACACGACUUUUUCGUCCAUGCUUGAAGCCCUCGGCGUCGACAACAACGCAAGCCGCGGGCUCGGGUUGGGUUUAGCCCAGCAGGUUAUCGAAGCCGCAAUCGCUGCCAUUGUGGCCGACGGGAUGGCUCAUUCUGGCUACUCAGAGAAUGGAAGUGAGGCGGGCACAUUGGAGGACGCCAGGACGCUCUUUCAAGUCCCACAAGGCGAUGAGAAUAUGAUCUCCCUGCUCGCCGGCACCUUGGAGGUUCCAGCACCGGGCAGCGGCGGCUCGUCGAGCGUUCAGUCCACGACUAUGCGUUGGGAUCUGCUGUUAACUGGGCUGGCUUAUUCCGCCAACGGAGUCGGGUAUUAUCUCGCACUGACGGUUGUGUUUGUACAUGUGUUGCUUGCUCUGGUGCACACGGCCUAUUCGCUGUGGCUGCGCAGGACAUCGGCAGCGUGGGAGUCCUUCUGCGAUUCUUUCGCCUUGGCUUUGGGCUCUACUCCAUCGCGUGAGCUACCCGCGACUUCGGUUGGCGUCACAGAUCCGCUGUGCCUGGCAAAAAGAUUGAUGGUGCGAGAGACUGAUAGCAACGGGGAUACUGGUAGUACUACUGGCAAAAGGCUCCAAAUUAUCGUCAGGGGAGUGAAUGGAGAGGCUACGAAGUUACCAGAGCCACAAGCUGACACUCGGUAUUGA